AUGCCUCAGGGCAGGAGACGCCGACGUGCCGUAGAGGCCCGCUUGUCCCCGCCGAGCCUGGCGCUCCUCGGGCGGACCUCGAGCCUCCCGCCCGCGCCCUCUCAGUCCCCCCCUCUUUUCCAGAUUACCCUCUUCGCGAUUCUUGGACACCCAUUUAGUUUCUCCUGUGCAGGUGAUGAUGAACAGUCUACACAGAUGGCUGCAAGUUGGGAAGAUGAGAAAGUGACCGAAGCAUCUAAUGACAGUUUUGUUGCUAUUAAAAUAGAUACCAAAAGUGAAGCCUGCCUACAGUUUUCACAAAUCUAUCCCGUAGUGUGUGUUCCAUCCAGUUUCUUUAUUGGAGACAGUGGUAUUCCUUUGGAAGUAAUAGCAGGAAGUAUUUCUGCAGAUGAACUUGUUAAGAGAAUUCACAAAGUUCAACAGAUGCACUUAUUAAGAGGUGAAACAACAGUGGCAAAUGGCAGCCAGUCUGAAAGUUCAGUGUCUUCUCCAUCUGCCUCAUUUGAACCUAAUGACACUUCUGAAAACUCUCAGUCCAGGAAUGUAGAGUUUUGCCAGACACCUCUCACUUCUCCUGGUACAAAAUCAGAUACUGCAACAGGAGGAGAAACCUCAAGCCAUGCAGCUCCCUCUCAGGAGCCUAGUGAAUGUUCAAAUCAGAGACCUGCAGAAGACCUCACCGUCAGAGUGGAAAGACUGACAAAAAAACUUGAAGAAAGGAGAGAAGAGAAAAGGAAAGAAGAAGAACAGAGAGAAAUUAAGAAGGAAAUUGAAAGGAGAAAAACUGGAAAAGAAAUGUUGGACUAUAAAAGAAAACAAGAAGAAGAAUUAACAAAAAGAAUGUUGGAAGAAAGAAACAGAGAAAAGGCAGAAGAUAGGGCAGCUCGAGAACGGAUAAAACAGCAAAUUGCAUUGGAUCGUGCAGAGAGAGCGGCUCGUUUUGCAAAGACAAAGGAAGAAGUAGAGGCUGCUAAAGCUGCUGCCUUGCUGGCCAAACAGGCAGAAACGGAAGGCAAGAGGGAAUCAUAUGCACGAGAAAGAAGCACUGUUGCAAGAAUUCAAUUCCGUCUGCCUGAUGGUUCUUCCUUUACAAAUCAAUUUCCUUCUGAUGCUCCUCUAGAAGAAGCAAGGCAGUUUGCCAUACAGACUGUUGGCAGUACUUACGGUAAUUUUUCAUUAGCAACCAUGUUUCCCAGGAGGGAAUUUACCAAAGAAGAUUAUAAAAAGAAAUUACUAGAUUUGGAACUUGCUCCAAGUGCUUCAGUGGUGCUGUUACCAGCAGGAAGACCAGCUACAUCCAUUGUACAUUCUUCCAGCGGAGAUAUUUGGACAUUGUUGGGGACAGUACUUUAUCCAUUUCUUGCCAUCUGGAGAUUGAUUAGCAACUUCUUAUUUAGUACUCCUCCUCCUACACAGACUUCAGUGCGAACACCAUCACCAGAACCUUCAAACCCUGCAUCAUCUAGCAAAUCAGAAAAAAGGGAACCAGUCAGAAAAAGAGUGCUGGAGAAACGAGGAGAAGAUUUUAAAAAGGAAGGGAAGAUAUAUAGAUUGAGGACUCAAGAUGAUGGUGAAGAUGAAAACAAUACUUGGAAUGGAAAUUCUACUCAGCAGAUGUAGUACAGCAAGUACAAUAUGUACAAUAAUCAUUGUUUCUCUUACUCUACUGGAGAAGUGGGUCUGCUUUAUGUUUUCCAACUGAUCUAUAAAGUGUUUAUUCUUGCUUAGAGGGUCUGGGUGAAAGUGUUUAACUCAAAAAAGUCAAGAAAUAAAAUAACUGGCUGCUAGGUCCUUGCAUACAGUAACAAUUGCUAGAUGCCUAAAAGAAUCAAAAGGUCUGCCACAGCCUCACUCUGUCAGCUGCUUCUUCAGUAUUUUAUGUACCCUUUAGUCCCUCUUCAGAUGGCAUGUUUUGUUUAGAAUAUUCCUUUCUCCAAGACUCUUAAGCCCACACAAAGUAACUGGUAUUUCACUGGGUAAUUCAAUUCCUAGAGCAUUUUAACUAGCCAAUCAGAUGAAAACUUAUGUUUAACUUUUCUUUUUUUGCUCAUCAGCUGCAAGCAAAAUCUUGUAGGUUUUAAUUUUACUUAAAUACUGAAUAAAAAAUCUUUUUCAAAAAUCAGAAUGAUCUUAUUUUUGCUCUAAGCAUCUUUUUAUUGUACAUGGCUCUGAUGAGAUAACACUUAUUUGACAUGCACACCCCCUCCCAGCAUUUUUAAGCUAUCUCAAUAAAAUAGCAUACCUUAAAUUAUCACUUAAGGGGGCUGGGGAUUUAGCUCAGUGGUGCCACCGCCUGCCUCACAAGCACAGGGACCUGAGUUUGAUCUCCAGUACCUCCCCCCACACCAUUGUCAUUUAAGGAAAGACAUUUUCUGACACUCAUUGACCUCACUUAAUGUUUAUUCUAGGUCAGUGAGACAUUGCUUUGUAUAACUUUAUGAUCUUCUCAUCUGAUACAAAACAGAUAAGAAUUGCUAGUCUAUAACCUAGUAUUCCUCUUACCUUUAUACUGAUGUUUUGUACUUAGUAAUCUCACUUCUAGGACCUAAAGUACCUGUGGUAUAGGACAAAAGUGGAAAGAUUCACCUUUACUGGUCUGAUUAUUAUUAACAGAAUCUUAGUCUGACUUAACAUACUAAGUCCAAUAAUUUUGGUAGUAGUGAUCACUAAAUUUAAUGGUGUUUAAAAAGGCUGUGUGAUACUUUGUGUUUAGAUAGAACAGUACUGCUUUUGAAUCAAUAUGUAGGAAAGCCUUGACUUUAUUUUGGAAUGAGAGGAAGAAAUUCUCAGCAAACUUUGUUUUCCACCAGUGAAAUAACAGUGAAUUUGUAAGGUGGUAAUAGUGUUGGCAAGGAUACAGUGAGAGUAGGCUAUGCUACUGGUAGGAGUGAAUACCAAUAGAUCUUUAGUAUUUUGUACUCUGAGCCAAUAAUGUUUCCUAAGGAAUGAUCGUAAAGAUACAUUGAAACAUAUAAAGUGUAUUUUACUUAAAUACUAGAAACCAACUAAAUGUGUUCUGUAGAAGCAAUUUUUCAUGAGAAAUGGUACAAUACUAAUUGAAUAAUUCAGUUUAACAUAUGUUUAUUGAGCAUCCGUUAUGUGUUGGAAAGAAGCAGGAUACAGAGCUGUAAGUACACUAUGAUCUCAGCUUUGUAAAUACAUCUAUUGAUAGAAUUACAUAUUAAUAUAUGUGUAAAGAAAGAAAACAAAACAAUACUGAUAAGAGUUGUAUGAUUCUGGUUUUCCUUUUUGUACCCUUAUAUUUUUCCAGUCUUCUACAGUAAUCCUGUUAUUUGCUUAAUUUAAAAAGUGAGUUUGAAAAAUAUAUUCUCCAGUAAGCAUCCCAUUUGAAGUUUUAUCAUCUUUAAACCUGCAGCAAUAUGUAAUUUUUAAAAUAAACCUACCAAAUUGGUGUGACCUUACUGUUAGAAAUACAUUUACAAAAACAUUGAGUACCUCAAGUCAGUUUGUCUUAAAGAAAGUCAAAUAUAAAUGUUAGAGAAAUAUGCAUAAAAAUACAUUAUCUUGAAUAGGAAGAUUUUUCAAUUCUAUCUUUAAAAAAAUAUGGUAAGAUAUCCAAAAUAAUAUGUAAGGAUAUAAAAUGAAAAUGAAGUCUCCUUCUGGCAUCUUACCCCCAGUAUUACUACUCCCCAGAUGUAUCCUCUAUUAACAGUUUCUUAUGUAAUUUUCAGAAAAAUUUUUUGCAUAUAUAAGCAAAUAUGUAAUCUUUAUUUUUAAAUAAAUGGGAUCAUAUUAUAUAUACUACCCUGCACCUUGCUUUUUUACUUAUAAAGAUCUUUCCCUGUCAGCAUAUGGCUACUUCACUCUUACUAAUGGCUGAAUAGCAUUCUACUUGAUGUAAGUACCCCAACUUAAUUGUCUAUGCACUGGUGGCAUUCAGUGGUUAUUAGAAAUGUCUUGUUUAGUUUUAUUUUUCUGUUUCAAAAUUGCUGCAGUUAAUAUCCUAGAGGAGAAAGGUAUAGUCUAAUGUGAAAAAUGUACCUGUUAAUAUGAUUUUAUAGUUCACUAAGUUAAAAGGUUUUUGUGGUGGUUUGGAUUGUGAACAUUAUCAAAUU